AUGUCGAUUGAUCUUUCCCCGAAGCUGUCGAAGAGAGUGUACGGAGGCGACGGUGGAGCCUACUAUGCUUGGUCUCCGUCUGAGCUCCCCAUGCUUCGCGAAGGAAAUAUCGGAGCGGCCAAGCUCGCUCUUGAGAAGAAUGGCUUCGCUCUUCCUCGUUAUUCUGAUUCUUCCAAGGUUGCUUACGUUCUCCAAGGAAACGGUGUGGCUGGAAUAGUUCUUCCAGAAUCAGAAGAGAAGGUGGUUGCAAUCAAGAAGGGCGACAGCAUCGCCCUCCCAUUCGGCGUCGUGACAUGGUGGUACAACAAGGAGGACACUGACCUUGUUGUUCUCUUCUUGGGUGACACUUCCAAAGCUCACAAGGCUGGUGAAUUCACAGACUUUUAUCUCACAGGCUGCAAUGGAAUUUUCACCGGCUUCUCCACCGAGUUCGUUGGCCGGGCAUGGGACUUGGAAGAGGAUGUAGUAAAGACUCUUGUAGGCCGGCAAUCCGGCCAGGGCAUUGUCAAGCUUCAGGAGGGAUUUAAUUUGCCGGAGCCAAAGAAGGAGCACCGCGAGGGACUCGCUUUGAACUGCGAGGAGGCGCCUUUGGAUGUCGACAUCAAAGACGGCGGGAGGGUCGUGGUGUUGAACACCAAGAACCUGCCUUUGGUUGGUGAGGUUGGACUUGGGGCUGACCUUGUUAGGUUGGAUGGAAGCGCCAUGUGCUCGCCCGGAUUCUCUUGCGACUCCGCUCUCCAAGUCACGUAUGUUGUUAGGGGAAGUGGGCGUGUCCAAGUUGUUGGUGUUGAUGGCAAAAGGGUCUUGGAAACAACUGUUAAAGCCGGUAACUUGUUCAUUGUGCCGAGGUUUUAUGUUGUCUCUAAGAUUGCUGACCCCGAUGGCUUGGAAUGGUUCUCUAUCAUCACAACUCCAAACCCGGUAUUCACCCAUUUGGCUGGAAGGACUUCGGUGUGGAAGGCUUUAUCUCCUCAGGUUCUUGAGGCUUCUUUCAAUGUGGAAUCUGAUGUGGAGAAGCACUUCCGAUCAAAGAGGACUUCUGAUGCUAUUUUCUUCCCUCCACCAAACCAGACAAAACAGCUCUCUUAGGUGUU